AAAGAAGCAUUGUUAUUAUUUCAGUUUUCUUCGCUUCGGUCCAUUAAUAUUCGCAGAUUAGCUCGCAAUCCAGAGGUCGCUGCCAUCAGUUCUUGUUGAUUUCGUUGGAAGUUUGUUUUUGGAGAAAAACAUUAUCGCCUCAGAAUUAACGCCUUAAACUGCUAUUAUAUUGAAUAAAGCCGUGUGAAAAUCGAAGACAUCAAAAUGGGGUUCUGUAUGGAAAGUGCUCGGAUUAUGUUGAUUAUUUUCAACUUCAUAUUUUGGUUAUCAGGAGUAGCCUUAUUAGGUGUUGGUAUCUGGUUUUUAGUAGAUCCAAAUAUCGCACAUUACUUGGAAGUCGUGAAUUUUGACAUAGAGGGUAAUGCUCUCAAAUACUCAGCCUACAUUCUCAUUGCUUUCGGUGCUUUUAUUUUCCUUGUUGGAUUCACUGGAUGUUGUGGAGCUAUCAGAAAGAGCAAAUGUCUCAUUGGAUUUUAUUUGAUGUUUUUGGUCAUCGUCUUUGCUGGUGAAUUAGCUGCUGGUAUUAUUGUUGCUAUCUACAGAAAUGAGAUUGAAGCCAGAGUAGAUAAGAGUUUGAUGAAAUCUUUGAAGACUGAAUAUAAGUUUGCUAAUGAGUCUUCGAUAACAAAUUCGUGGGAUAUUAUACAGAAGGAGUUGAAAUGCUGUGGAGCUGAAGGAUAUAAAGAUUAUGAAAACAGUUUAUUCACUAACACCACCAUGCAUAUAGUACCUUUGUCAUGCUGCAUAAUGGAAAAUGAUGUACCUAAAGAUGCUGCUAAAUGUCAGAUGGCUACAAACACUUAUUAUCAUGAGAAGGGAUGUAAAGGUGGACUUAUUGACUGGGUCAAGUCUCAUUCUGUUAUUUUGAUUGGAAUUGGUUGUGGUCUCGCUGGAUUACAGAUCAUUGGCUUCAUUUUUGCUGUCUGCCUGUGCCGAUCUUUCAACUUGGAAGAAAAAUAAGGAAAUCAUUUUAUGAAUUAAAAAUAGAAAUAUUUAAUUUCAAUUUGAAAAUAUUAAUUACUGUUAUAUACUCAAACUUGAUAAUUAAUCUAAAUUAGCCAUGACAUUUUUUAGAAAAUUUAUAUUUUCUAAAUGAUAUCCCACAUUAUUAUCUUGAAACUUUAUUUACAGUUAAAUUAUUGAGACUUGUAUUUUGUAAAUGGAUAAAAAAAAACCAAAUAUGAUCAAGAACACCUAAAAUCAUGUAUUUAAUUCCUUUGCAUACCUAAAACUGAAAUAUGUAUAAGAUGUAAGAGAUCUUAUUUGAUAGGGUAAACUGUUAAUCAGAUAAGAAUGAGAUGAUUCAAAAUUGAUAGAAAUGACGUUUUUGAUUGAUAAUUCUCAAACACCUUAUACCACUUCUCAGUUCUUUGGGAAGUUUAAAUGGUUAAAUAUUUUUUUUCGUAAUUAUGAUAGCCCCGAAAUUUGCAUAGUGCUAUAGGAGAAUCUAGCUAAUUUUUUUUUAUUAAGAAAUUUGUAAUUAUAUUUGAAUAAUAAUUGAUAUUUUUGUUGAAAUUUUGUUGCAUUAUAGUAUUAUUGUAAGGUUCCAAUAUUUGAUAUAUUCAUGUUACGUUUUUACAUAUUUAAUGAAUAUACAUAUUGGUAUAUUCAUGUACACCAGUUGGUAUAUGAAGAGCUCUUUUCCAAAAAACGAUUAGUCUUCAACACCCCGACCAUAUAUAUUAAUGCAGGGAUUGACUGUCUGAAUAGGGUGUGGCUUUCAAGGGAAGUAACUCCCCUGAAAGAAAUUUCUAGGAGUUUUAGUUGAAAAUCAGGUUACAGAUAUUCUGGAAUUGAUGAAAUAGCAUCUUUAACUGUAAAUAAAGGGAUAUAUAUAUAUUUACAUCAACUAAAGUACCAUACGUCCAUUUUAUUUUCGACAUGUCAUGUCAUGUGAUUAAUCUAUCUGCUGGAUUAUAAAAAUAUAAAAAAGGAUGAUUUGAUUAAUCUGUUCUUAAAAUUGAAGCAUUUAAUCAAUAAAUAAUCAAUAUUUUUACUCUUUAAAUUUGGACAUGUAUAUACCAAAUCCAAGGUAUAGCAUAGUAGUCACAGUCAAUUGACGACUCAUUAAUACUGGCAUUCCCCUUACCUUACAUUUGUUGAAAGAGCGUAGAUAGUAUUGUUCUGAGUAACAGAGACUAAAAAUCAGUGAAACCUUUCAAAAUUAUUUUAAUCCUGGCAGAGAAAUUAAACAGUGUUUAUUUGACAAAGUGUAAAGGAUAGCUUGUUAUAUCAUUCGGACCUUUGUAUUUUGAUGAAAAACUGCCUUUAUUACCGUAAAUUUGAAAUAGAUAUAUAUAACAUUUUUUUGGAAAUGAACUCUUCAUUAUGCUAUAGACCACUGUUUCUUAUAGAGGCCAUAUUAUUAACUAUAAAUAACUAUUUUCUUAACAUAGUCCAUCAUCUGCUCAAAUAGACACCCAGGUUGGUUUUAUGAAAAGUACAUAGUAAAAUGGUAAUACUUGAUUGAGCGUUCCUGAAUUUAAUUCUCUCAAUCCUUUAAAAAAUGACAGUGGAGUAAACGCAAGAGUUUUAGUCGCCAAAUCAUGCACCAAUGGAAUAAGAUAAUUACUUGAUCAGUGAUUUGAAUACAACAGUUUUGUUAAGUUCAAUCACUAUCUUUUUUUCCAUGCCACUCAGUGCCAAUCCUGUCAAUUCACAACACUUUGGACACACAAUCAAGUAUCCCAUAUCUUAAUUAUUAUAUCAGAAGCUCAUGAAUGUUAAAUGCCCUUACAGCUGGCAUGUUGUGGAAAGAAGAAUGGACCCGUUAUUAAAAUCAAAGGAAAAAUGGACAAUUACCAACAACGAUCAGAAAUUCCUGACACAUCAUAAACCUUUCAUAAAACCAAUUGUUUAUAUUUUGAAGACGUAAAUUUUACUAGAAGAAAAUUUCUAUAGUAAUAACUCCAUACCUCGGAUAUAUACUAGUAUACAGUGUAUGUAUUUAACUAGUAUAUUGGAACUUGUGCAUUCCAGAAUGUUUCAUAAGUCUUUUAUGACAUGUAAUGGUCUUAACUGGCAGACUUGAUUAAUUUUGUAUCAUUUACCUAUAUGUUAUAAUAAAAAAUAUUGUACUAAUGAAACAUGAACUAUAAAUGAUUCAAAGUUUAGAUUUUCAAAUUUGAAUUUAAUAUCAUUUUAACUUGAAAACAUUAGAAAUUUUGACUGCUGUAAAAUGUUAAUUGCCAACAUUCUUGCUCUGAAAUGACAGCAUUUUGUUUUCAUUAUUUGGUUUUUAAAAGUCAUUUGUAGUUCAGGUAGGUCAAUAAUGCCAGUUCACAGAAAAAUUUAAAAUAUUGAUUUUUUUUAAGGUCUGCUUAGUAAAUGUAUAUACUGUUUGUUAUAUAUGUAUUUUAUAUAGAUUUUCAGUGUUUCUUCUACUCUGUUUAUUGAAAUAUAUAUAUGUCAUUAUAUAGAAACAGUUUAUAAACCUUGUUGGUAUGCAUUAUUUCAUUGUAAAUAUAUGUAAUUAGCUUUAACAUCAUGUUUGAAUCAAAUAACUGUAACAUCUAUGUUUGGUAUCCAUUGCUAGGCAGAGUAUUGAAUUUCAAUAUCUGAUAUUUGUUUUGCUAUUAAAGUCAGAAUUUAUGAUGGUAAUAUGGAGUAAGCAAUUUAGCAUCUAUGUUAUACAUCAGUUGAUAAAAAAAUAUAUUGAUGUAUGUAUGAUCAGUUUUGAUAGUAGAAUUAAAAUUUAAGAAAUUGUUUUAUUUUUGACAAGGUUAAUUAUUACACCCACCCAUAAUGAUAAAUUUAUUAUUUAAUUUUACCUAGAAUAUCUUUGUACUUAUAUUAUUUAUUUUAAAUAUUCAUUUCUUACCUUUGGUUUCACAAAUAUUUCUGAUAGCAAAAUAUGGAUGACCCUUGAGUCGAAGAAAGGUACAUUGUUAAUAUAUUAACACAAUAUGAAAUCAUGGAGAAAAGGGAUUUUUGAUAAGCUAAUGGAUCAAACAACAUUUGUCAUUGAAUUGUUUAUAGACUUUAUACUUACAUUUCUCAUUAAAUUUUAUGUGUUUUGUCUUUCUUGUAGCUUUUCAUACAAUUUAACCACAAACCUACCGUUCUUAUUUAUUCCUAUGAUGUUAAUAAUUGAUUGUAUUUUUCUAUAGAUUUUCAUGCUUUAAAUUAAGCUUGGGUGUUGCUUAAAGAGGUCUUUAAUCUGUACAGUUGAUUUGUGCAAUAAUCAUUAUUAUUAUUAUUAUAUUGUUUUACUUUGUACCAAGGCUUAUGGCAUUCACUAGUAUAAUAUAUGUGCAUUCUUUUAUGUGUUCAAAUCAUUUUACUUUAUUCAAGUUUUUCUUUAAUUUCACUGAAUGAAAGUUUUACAAUAAACUUGAUAGCGGAAUUUAAGUUGAAUAUAGAAUCUUCUUUCCUUCAUUUUCUUUGUAUACUAGAGGCUUAAUGAUUUUUCAGAAAUUAAAUUUUUUAUCUUUCAUAAUAUUUAAGGACAAUAUUCAAAAGUGUCUAAAUUUAAGAUUGACCUGUUUAUUUAAACCAUGUAUACUAUAUUCAAUGAUGGCCUGUACUCCUAAAUAUCAGAACAUUGUCAUUUCAAUAAGCACAUAAGUUUUAGUAAAAUGGAUUGUGUUAUUUCCGUUUGGACAACGUUGGGGUUUACAGUACUAAAACGAUAGAAUUCAGAAUAAAUGUGUAAAUGGACCCGAACACAGUAUCAUUUAGUCAAUUUCUUUCAAGUUUCGAAGUUAGUCAAGUGAUUAAACAAUGAGAGAGUGCUUAUUAAGAAUUAUUUUGUUUGCUGAUUCGGUCAAAGAUUGUGCCGAGUUCAACCAAAAAUCUUACAACAAAAGAUCAAUAUAUUUCAAAAUUGUGACUAUUAUUUAAUGUGCCUUAUGCAUUUUAAAGCAGCUAAUUAACAAGGGCACAGUACUAAAAGACAAUAUUGUAAUUAUACACUGUUACUGAUAAAAACAACAAUUGUUUUUCUGUUGACUGUUGAAUUUAAAAGUGUUAUGUUUUGAUGAUAUAUUUUGAUAUGAAACAUGUUUAAAAAUUUACUAAUUUAAAGAAAAAGAAUUAGUUGAAAAAUGUAUGCCUGUUACCUUAACUCUACAUUAAGUAAUAUGAUUGUAUUAUUAUCGCUAUCUCAAGUUGUUUCAGUGUUCAUAGGAUACUAUAUAAAUAUUAUUGUAGAACAUUUAGAUAACACCAUUUCAAGUUUUUACUAAAGAAUUGUGCUAUGUUGCAAGAAAGAAAUUGCUGAAAUACAUCUUACAUUUACCAUUUUAGUUAAUGUUUAUUAUAGCAAAAAGCAAUUUAUUAUAAUUGCACAUAUUCAGAUAUUCAAACGUCCAACUGGUUCGAUUUCAGUUAGUAAACUAAACAGAUAACAUUUUGUUCUUGAAUAUAAAAUUUUUCUUCCUACUAGACCUUUCUUAUUUCAUGGUUUUUCAAAAGUUUUUGUUUUUCCAAAAUGCAUAAUAUUCAAAAUUCAGUUUUGUCGAUGCUUUAAUUUAAUAAAUGUAGUUUAAAACUGUUACUAAAUGUAUCUAUGAAUAUUUUUCAGAAUUAGAGAUGUUAUUAACUGUGAAUUUUAUAAUAGUAUUUUUUAAUGUUGUAUUAUAUAUGGCUGCUGUGUAUGUAUGUAGUUAAUAAUUAUGAUUUCAUAUAAUUCAGUUGGAUACAAUAUAAACCUCAUAAAUCAAAAUAUUUCUUUAUUUUAGGAAAUUCAUUUUCGUUGGUUUUGAAAAUGUUUCCAUAAAGAGAAAAAAAAUUCAGAGUGUUGAUAUAAAUUGUUUAACUUAAAAUCCCCAAAACUUAUAUUUUAAUCACAAUUUUAGGAAAUUCAUUUUCGUUGAUUUUGAAAAUGUUUCCAUAAAGAGAAAAAAAAUUCAGAGUGUUGAUAUAAAUUGUUUAACUUAAAAUCCCCAAAACUUAUAUUUUAAUCACAAUUUUAGCUCAAAAUUGGUUUAGGUGUUUCGUAACCAACUGAAUUAUUAUAAAUUAUAUUUCAUUGUUUGCUCACUAGGAGUAAAGCAUUCCUCCAAAGGGAAUGUUCAACUUUGUGUAUCAUCUUAAUGUCUUAGUUUCAAUUGUAUCAACAUAUUUUGGAAAUAAAUAUAUUCUUUCUAUCCUAA